GACGUCUGUCACACACCUGCAACAAACAAGUACAGGGUUGCAAGAAAACAAGAUUGACGCCUCUUCGGAAACGCUUUUACGCACAAGCGAGCCACAGUGUAGUCAAAUAUUAAUAAUUAAUAUUAUUAAACACACUUAAAGGACAAUAUAAGGAGUUGACUUAAGCUACAUUUUGUGAACUUGUUUGUCGAGUAACAAAAGUCGUUAGCAAUGUCACAUAGCUAGCUAACUUAACUACCUACAAUUACCUGUUUGUUAUAAAAUGGCGGGGGCUAGGUUAAGGUAUGACAGCAUUUUUGAUUUUCGACCUGAAUGAAGAGUACGGGUAACGUAGUGAGAGGCGGCGUCUACCUUGGGGGAGGUUGGAGUUCUGAGGCCAAACCCUCCUCUUGUAAUCCGCGACUGGUGAGCCAGCAGUGCGCAAAGACGCGCUCUCCCGCCCUGUGCGUAAAAAGUGACGGUCACCUCCUCCACACCGGCGCUGCUCACCUUGGAAAUUUUUCCAGCGGCCACAAGACGACAGGCUGUUCAAGGACAUUUCUUCCAUGACGGCGAGGGGAAACAUGACAGAGCAAGGCAAGAAAAUGCUCCUGGUUGUGGUGGACAUUCUCUCCACCUUCAUUGCGGCUCUGCCCUCGGCCAUCUUGACGCUGAGGUUCAGCCCGUACCAGAGAGGAAUCUACUGCGAUGACGAGAGCAUCAACUACCCCUACAGGAGGGACACAAUCUCACAUGGAGCCAUGGCCGCCGUAACCAUCACCAGCUCCAUAGUAAUUAUCACCACCGGAGAGGCCUACCUGGUACACACCAAGCGUCUGCACUCCAACUCCCAGUUCAACCAGUACCUGUCAGCACUCUACAAAGUGGUGGGCACCUUCCUGUUCGGGGCCGCCAUCAGCCAGUCACUUACCGACCUGGCCAAGUUCACCAUCGGGCGACCGCGGCCUAACUUCUUAGCCGUGUGCGCCCCCGUCAGCUGCAGCGGAUACGUGCUGCAGAUCAACUGCACUGGCAGCCUGCGCAACGUCACUGAGUCCAGGUUGUCCUUCUACUCAGGCCACUCGUCCUUCGGGAUGUACUGCAUGCUCUUUCUGGCGCUGUACGUCCAGGCCCGCAUGCAAGGCAAGUGGACACGGCUGGUUAGACCCACCAUCCAGUUCUUCCUGGUGGCCUUUUCCCUCUACGUGGGCUACACACGCGUCUCCGACUACAAGCACCACUGGAGCGACGUGCUGGUGGGGCUCCUGCAGGGGGCGCUCAUAGCUGUGCUCACUGUCAAAUACGUGUCUGACUUCUUCAAGCAACGCCCGCCGCCUUGCACACGGACAGAUCCAGCCGAGAGCGAACACCUUGAGCAGAAACCCAGCCCGCAGCCGCCCGACUCUCAACGCAGCAACCACUACAACUACUCAGCGCCUGAACGAGCGCUGCGUCAUAAAAACCACACAGAGACGCUUAAGAGGUUCUUUGGUCCCUUCUAAAUGUUUCCCACAGGGCCAUGUGGAUGCAACCUUUGCAUUGUGAGGAGAGUGGAUAAAAUGACGCGUACCUCAAGUCUGGACCUGAUGCUGCUCGUGGUUGUGAUUCCUGAACGGCGCAUCAGGCUGGGAUAUAAAUCACUCUAUGGUGUUGCAGUGCUUUGAAGGUAGCCACAGUGACUCAAACUCGUUAAAUUCAUUAGGACUAUACUCUUAUUGGGGCUGGUUAAUUGGAGACUCCAAAUUGUCCAUAGGUAUGAAUGUGAGUGUGAAUGGUUGUUUGUCUAUAUGUGCCCUGUGAUUGGCUGGCCACCAGUCCAGGGUGUACCCCGCCUCUUUCCCAAAGGCAGCUGGGAUAGGCUCCAGCACCCCUCUGACCUUUGUGAGGAUAAGCGGUAGAAAAUGAAUGAAUGAAUGAAUGAAUGAAUAUACUCUUAUUUUAUUCCAUUCUAUGACCAAAGUUGUAACAGUAGCAGAAAAAGUUGAAGUAUAUGAGAAUAUGAUGAGAAAAGAUCAUAGCUAAAAAUAUUAUUCAACAAGAAUACAGUCUUCUACAGCUUCAAGGUACAGUAUAUUCCUGCCUCAUGUUUGUGACGUUACAACUUCAUGCCCUGAAAAAACUAUUAUUAUUUUUUUAAUAUUAAGGGGUGGAUUUGAGAGGUAGUUUGUAGUAGUUUUUUUUUUGUGGUUACAUGUUUGCAUGACAGCUUUUCGGCGGAAUUUCCGGCACACUAUUAAGAAAAUGACAUACACGAAACAUACGAGGAAAUGACAUAGGAAAAAGCGGUAGAAAAUGAAUGAAUGAAUGAAUGAAAACAUACAAGGAAAUGACAUUCAUGAACUGCUUCACAUGAAGUGAAUAUCCGCCAAGAAGGAUUCCUUAUUCAUGAAUGGAAUAUUUCAGCAACCUUCUAAAUAUGGUUUGUAAGAUUAGAGCCCUCGAGACAUGAAAUAAUACCCCUAUAGUUACUUCCAUCCGUCUUCGUCCGCUUAUCCGAGGUUCGUUCACGGGGGCAGCAGCCUCAGCAGGGAAGCCCAGAUCCACUUCUCCUUGGCUACUUUGUCCACCUCCCCCCCAGUGGAUGCCUGGACGUUUCCAGGCCAGCUGAGCGACAUAGUUUGUCAAAUGUAUCUUGGUCUUCCCUUCCCUCACCUUCUCUGGCUCCUCUCCAAUGCAGAGGACUAGCGCUUCUACUCCUGAGUUUCACCUUAUUCUAAGACAGGGACCAGCCACCCUAUGGAGAAAACUCACAUCUCAUGACCAUAGGGGAGGGUAGGAACAUAGAGUUGUCAGCUCCCUCUUCACCACAACAGUCUGACGCAGACUCCGCAUCACUGCAGAUGCCCCUGCAAUCAACCUGUCAUUCUCAUGUUCCAUCCUUCCCUCACUCGUGAACAAAACCCAGAGAUACUUAAACUCCUCCACUUGGGGCAGGAUCUCAUCCUCGACCCGAAGAUGAUACUCCACCCUCUACCUAGCUGGAACGUGGACUCGGCCUUGGAGGUGCCGAUUCUCAUCCCAGCUGCUUCACACAAGGCUGUGAACCGAUCCAGUGAGAGUUGAACAGGCUAAUGAAACCAGCAGGACCACACCAUCUGCAAAAAAGCAUAGAUCCAAUCCUGCAGCCACCAAACCGAAUCCCCUCGAGACCCCAGCUGCGCUGAAUUAAUUCAUUCCUUAAUUUUCUAUUGCACUUAUUUGGGGGUGAAUACUAACAAGAUGGACUUCAGUUACAGACAGGGAAUGCGUUUUGCAUUAAAGGUUCUGGACAUCUGGGGGGACCCAAUAGGCAGGGUCUGAUGACUGACUUACGAUGCCAGUGUUUGGGGGCCCCCUACUGGCCACUUGAAGCCACCUAUGACAAUUCAUUUGACACUUUUCUGGUUUUGAUCAGCUUACUUCACUUCAUUCCCUGCAUGCUUCCUUAAUGCUUUACUUAGAACCUUCUUAAGAUCCAAUGGUGCAAAAUGAACGUGCUCGUUCAACUGAUUUCCAUCAGAUUGUGUUGUACAAUCAACAUACAACAAUAAUGCUUAUAUUCAACGGCUAAUGAACUUGGAGUAUUUACACAACAGAAAUAACACACAAUCUUAUCUUAAUUGUCCACUGUCGUAUUUAUUUAUUACCAGUCUUUUUUUCUGACACAUAUCCGUCUUUGUUUAUGGAGAACUUUACAAAUAAUAAUAAUGAUACAUUUUAUUUCAAAGAGCCUUUCAGGACACCCAAAGUCGCUGUACAGAAGAUAAAAAACACCAAUAUAAAAGAUAAAAGAGAACAUACAAUAAAUAAGGGGGGGGGGGGCAUGUGAAGCAGUUAAAGAGAAUAGGCAAGUUUGAACAGAUGAGGUUUGAGUUUGGAUUUGAAGAUGGGAAAGGUGGUAGAGUUACGGAGGUCUGGUGGCUAUGAGUUUUAGAGUUGGGGAGCAGAGUGGUUGAAAGCUCUGCUCCCAAACAAAUGUAACAGUUACUGAUUGUAAAAGUACCAGAUGGAGGGGUAGGAUUUAAUAAGCUUUGCUUCUUCCUACUCCUUUUGGACAUGUGGAACUGUGAACUGAUUAUGGGAUGCACUCAAUUGUAAUCUGAUGCAUGUUCAAAUGAAAUAAAACCAUUACCAUGACCAUAA